GAUUUAGUUCACUGUUUUUUAGUUUAAAUUGAAGUAUGAGUAGUAUUAAUUUUGUAUGCAUAUAUGGAGGUAUGUACUAUAUGUAGAAGAUUAGGAGGAAAAGUUAAAAAAAUUGUGAAUUAGGAGAGAUGCAUUUGGAGGUACGAAUUCCCAGCAAAAGUGUGUGUUAUUGCAUCGGUAUUAUACAACAGCAACAGCGUUUCCCCCCAUUCGACAUACGGGUAUUGUGAAAGUCCGGUUGCGGCCCCUUCUCGGGCCCCGUUCGCUUUAGCGACGAGUCGAGUCGCCUUGGCGAAGCCGGUGAAAGCAAACCGAAACGGUCGGAAUGCUGCCCGCCGAUCCGAGAUCCGAUCGCCGCAAAUCUACGAGCAAAAAGCGACACGACGAGCAUCCACAAUCAGCGGCGAGGGACGCGUGCAGAACUGUAGCGAGAUCACCGACGGCAACGGCGACGAUCCGGUCGUUGUUGGUAUUUGACAUUUGGUGAAGCAGGAGCUGAAAAAUAGAAUACGGUCGGACGAGUAAUCGCGCGCGCUUCGCCGACCUUAGGAAAAUUCGGACCUUAGCAAAAAAUUCGCUGCGAGAAAAACCGUACAACAGUGCGCAAGUUGUUUUGGGGAAAGUAAGGGGAGACGAUUAUAAUGCGUAUUAUGAUGUUAGUUCGAUGCUUUUCAGAGAAAAUUCCGAUGCGUUUCGCUGAAAUUUCAGGACUUGGGAUAGGAGACUUGCUUGAAUACACACACCGUGCACUCCGAGUCGAUUGUGAAGGCUCGCAUUCGUUCACUUUUACUUUCAUUUGUGGCGCAACCUGGUGUUGAAAACUCGUGCCCCAAAAAUAUACUGCGGAGUACACUCGACGCGAAGGCAGGACAGCGAGAAGACGCGAUCGAACGCGGUGCACACUCUUCGGUUACGGCGAUUCUCGGAGUGGUAGUGUGGUGUGGAGCUAUGGCUCAGUGCUAUGGUGGUGAAUAUUCUGGUGCUCGCGACCACCCUGAGGAUUUACAAGUCGCGGGAACCUCUUAAGGACUAAUUAUUUCUCCGGGUUAUCCUAUUCCUUAUAACGAAAUUCGCCAUGUACUCGGAGGAACAAGACACGCACGGAUUAUUAACCUUGCAUUAUGGGAAACACCAUGCUACCAUAGUCGAUGAGAUCAAAACGUGUUUCGCUUCUGAAAAUUACGCCGACAUGACAUUCGUAUGCGAUGACAAAACAACAUUGAGCGCCCAUAAGCUUAUAAUGGCGUCCGCCAGUCCCUUAGUCCGCCGUAUCCUUGGAGAAAGUGCCCAUGCCCACGGACCCAGCGUGGUGCUCAUACCGGGAAUCAAGAGCAAUCAUCUACGCCACCUUCUGGACUUCCUCUACAAAGGGCAAGCUUGCAUUAAGUCGAGUGAAUUGGAUAGUAUUCAAGAGCUGUUCGAGUUGCUCCAGAUCAAAUCGGACAUAUGGCAGUCUCCUAACGCGGAAGAGGCCAAAAUGCAAUCCGAGGAUGACAGCAGCUGGACGGCUCCGGAAAACGAUGCUUCCGAACCUGUAACGGUGAAGAAAGAAACGGACGACGACGAAAAAGAAGAGGGUGAAAUUAAGGACGACGACGACGAUACCGCUGAUGAAAGCAACAUUGAUGAACAGAAUACGGAAUCACCGAACCCAGUAAAUUUAUCGUUGAAUAGUAAAAAUGGAAAUGACGAUGAAAAAAUUAAUGAUUACGAAUCGAAUUCUGUGAAAUCUGAGAAUAAAAACUCGGAUGAACUAAAAAUUGGUCAGUCUACAGUAAAAAUAGCACCGAAAGUGCACGAAUUUUCGCAAUUCCACCACCACCGGAUGAAACGUAAGAACAUGUACAUAGAACCGAUAGAUCUGAAACACCAAGACGAUCUAUCCCAUUUGAAACCGCCUAUAGCCGACCAUAAACUGAUCUCCUUGGUCCAGAGUCCCGACAACUACGUCGUAACGCCGCACAGGAAACGAAGGCCAGGUUUCCACAACUCUCCCGCGCAAAAUCCACCAUUCGUUCCUUUCUCUCCUUCGUACAUCGAGGAAGCCACGCACCAUCAUCAUAGGUAUAAAAACUUGCCUCCUCUGUUAGCAGCCCACCACCCGCUAUCCUUGUCGGCGCCACCUUAUUUGGUGGACAGAACCCACACCCCGACGCCGGGCCAGCAUCCGGACACCUCGGGACCUCCGGACAACGUCGUCGUCAAGUACAGACCCCCGAGCGCCGAUCAGGGCUUAGCCUCAGAUUCGUACCAAGCGUUCGAACACACCUGGGGAGCGUGGUCGUUGUGCCAGACGCAGGUGAACGCUCCAUCGGGAAACGACGACUCCCGCGAUCAUCCGCCUUCGUUCUCCAGCAGCAACGACGACGCCGCAGAGAGUUCCUCUCACGCCACGGGCAGUAGUAAACAAUCUCUACCGACUGUACAAGUUCGCGAAUACCGUUGUGAAUAUUGUGGCAAGCAGUUCGGCAUGUCGUGGAACUUGAAGACUCAUUUGCGAGUGCACACUGGAGAAAAACCGUUCGCGUGUCGGUUGUGCGUCGCCAUGUUCAAACAAAAAGCGCAUUUACUGAAACACUUGUGUUCUGUGCAUAGGAACGUUAUAUCUUCGAACGACGGAAAUUCCGGAAGAUUUAACUGUUGCUUCUGCCCAUUGUCUUUUGAAUCUCUGCCCGAACUAAUUAGACAUUUAUCGGGACCUCACAAUAAUUUGUUGUUAAGCAAAAACAUGCACGAGCUCAAAUAGCAAAACAUUUACAUUCCAAUGCCCACUGAUGAGGUCGUAGUACAGUUUUUUUGGUACGACCAAAUCUUGUGAUAUACUGAUCCUAUCAGUGCCUUCUUCCAUGUAUCUCGUGUGGACGCAGGGACGGAUCCAGACAAUCCGACCACCCGGGACAACUAUUUUUUACGAAUAUUCAAAUUGCUUCAACGAAAAGAAAGUAAUGCAUGGAUAUGUUUAACAAGAAAUGUUAUUUGACAACGCAUUCAAUUAAUGUAGUAUUUGUUCAGUGUGACUAAAUUUAUAACGAAAAAGAGAUCUUAUUUUAUAUUUUUAGCAAUGAAAAAAAACCAAAGGAAAAUAUUUUAUGUACCAGGCUCUCAUAAAGUCUUUUUACCCGAGUGACUAAAUUUGCGGUAUAUCUAAUUUUUUACGUUAGGUACGACAUUUUAAUUUUAAGGACACGUUUAUUAUUUAAUUCGAUCCCACACGAUCAAUUAUGCUUGUCCAAACACUCGAGGUUACUUGGGUGGGAAGAAUUCAUGUGUCUAACAUAUUCGUUAAUUCUAAAUGUCAUUGCUAUUAGUAAAAGUCUCUCUCUUGAAUAGCAUCAACCCGGGAUCAUCAACUUUGCGGCUUCUAUCCGCUAAAAUCCGCUCCUGUGUAAAACGUAGGUAUAGUCGAUAGCCCUUCGGAUAAUCUAAACGAAGAGUAUGGAUAAAUUCGAAGGGUGAGGCACGUAAACUACGGGACCACUUGUGCCUUUUUCCACUUUGAUCGACGCCCUCCGUUGAAAAAAAUGUGUUAAUAGUUUUUAUUGUCUAGACAUAAUCUCAACCGUUGUGUUCAAUUUGACUUUACGUACCUAAACUACGCGUGGUGUGUAUGACAGGUGCUUUAUUAAUUUUAUUAUUCGUUUGGUUUAUUUCGGCUGGACCGAUUUGAUUUACCACUAUAUUCACUUAAAUUAUUUCACCGAUAUUAGGCCGAUGUUCAGACGCGUAAACUAAUUUAUUUCCUUAGCGCUAAUAAAGUGUAAGUUGAUUGUAGGGUUUGUUUGUAAAUUUAACUAAAAAUUUAAUGAUAUUUCGACUGAAUUAAUUAAUACGUUAGCCUGUAGAAGAAAGUAACAGUGUUGGAAAACUUAGGAUUCAAUAAAUAUAAUCAGCCUUUGAGCAAUGGCCUGUACUGUUAUAUACAUCACAAGUGGAUAAUUUUUAUACAUUAACGAAAAAUGCUAACUAAAACUAUAACAUCAUCACCAUUAUUAUUAAAUCUAACUUGAACGGUUACAAUUGGGUAUGGUUAAUUUUUCUUCGGAGCAUUUUUUGUUUUUGUAUGUAACAUUUGUAUAUUACUUGCUAGAAAGUUUUUACUAUAAAACUGGAACGUAUGAUCGUAUAUUUUUUGAAUAUACACACCAAAGAAGUAAAAAUUAAGUCGAAAUAUGCAGUCAUUAUAACUUAUUCACCUCUCUUUAUUCGCUCUCAUAUUAACUCUUAUUGACACAAUUCCCAAAUAUGGAUUUAACUGUUGUAGAAGUAUUAAUUUAGUUUGGCCCAAUUCUGAUAACUCUAUUUCAAAUUCUUGUUAAUGGAUUAAUUUGCUGAAAACAAAAAUAUCCUUCUGGCACGAUUGAUUAUAAAACGUGGUACAAAUGUGGUAACUUAGUAUUUUGUUAGAUUUGUUAAUUGUAAAUAACUAGCUUGUAAAUAGUGUAAGACAAUAAAAAAUGUUUUUUCUUGUA